AUCCUCAUGUUCUUGUUCAAGAGACGCUGGAGUUUCUCCCUAGCCUGGGAUGAUGACACGUCACGUUGUUCCAGAGGACGGGAUCCCGAUGAGAGGACUAUCAUGUCCUAUCCUCCGCGGGCCUGUGAGGAAGACGAGGGCACGGUGCUUCAUUCCGAGGGAGGAGAUUUUGAGGAAGAAGACGACGGCGACGGCGGAGAGUUUUUAGACGCGAGAAGCGACAUCAACUCGCCGGCGGCGCCUCGGCAAACUGCAGCCGCCCCAGAAGAAGAGGCGUACACAUCUGACAGGGAGGUCCCGUGUAGAAAGAAAGGACGGCCAAAGAAGAAGAAGGACGCCAAGAAGAAGGACAAAGAGGGGAAACCCGUGAGGGUGAAAAAGCGCAAGAAGAUCGACAGCGAUGUAGAGCGCGACUCAGCGCGGGACAGAGACUUCGGUGACCACUCGGACAGCGUCGCCAGCGGCUAUGGCUCUGGCGAGAAGAAGAAGAGAAAGAAGCACAAAGAGAAGAAGGAGAAGAAAACCAAGAGGAAGAAAAAAGACGAUGAGGAGCGAGACAGCAGCCAAGAGGAGACCACGAGGCAGCCCGUGGAGCAGAAGACCUCAGCCCAGCUUGCAAAGGAGUGGGGUUUGGAGGAUGUUGAUCAUACCUUCACCGAGGAAGACUACAGGGAGCUUACCAACUACAAGGCCUUCAGUCAGUAUAUGAGGCCCAUGAUCGCCAAGAAGAAUCCCAAGAUUCCGAUGUCUAAGAUGAUGACCAUCCUGGGUGCCAAGUGGCGGGAGUUCAGUUUCAACAACCCCUUCAAAGGCAACGCCGCCGCAGUGGCGGCGGCUGCGGCCGCGGCUGCCAUCGCUGUCGCCGAGCAGGUCUCCGCGGCGACCACCUCGCCCGCGCCUCUGCCUUCCGCGCCGCAACCGCCACCCAUCCGGAAGGCGAAGACGAAAGAAGGCAAAGGGCCAGGUUACAAGAAGCGCGGUAAAAGUCCUCGAGUCUCUGACAAGAAAAAGGCUUUGGCUGUCGCCAAGGCGAAAAAGAUGGCCCCCAUUCGUCUCAAACUUUCCCCAGUGUGCGCCAAGAGGAAGAAGAGCUGCUCCAGCGACGACCUGGACGAAGACGAGUCAGAGCAGGAGGACUCCAGCGUCCACAGCUCCUCGGUUCGCUCCGACAGCUCCGGCCGCGUCAAGAAGAACAAGCGCGGGCGACCGGCCAAGAAGAAGAAGAAGAUCCCAGGUGACGAGGACGGCGACGGCUACGAGACGGACCACCAGGACUACUGCGAGGUGUGCCAGCAGGGCGGCGAGAUCAUCCUCUGUGACACGUGCCCGCGAGCGUACCACCUGGUGUGCCUGGAGCCCGAGCUGGAAAAGGCUCCCGAGGGCAAGUGGAGCUGCCCUCACUGCGAAAAAGAAGGAAUCCAGUGGGAAGCAAAAGACGAAGACUUUGAGGACUUUGAAGAGGACGCGGAGGAGAGGACCAUGUCGGAGGUCGGGGCGGGGUUGGAGGAGGAGGACGACGACGACCACAUGGAGUUCUGUCGGGUGUGUAAAGACGGAGGUGAACUGUUGUGCUGUGACACCUGCACCUCGUCCUACCACAUCCACUGUCUAAACCCGCCACUGCCAGAGAUCCCCAAUGGAGAGUGGUUGUGUCCACGAUGCACGUGCCCGCCCAUUAAAGGACGCGUGCAAAAGAUCCUCCACUGGCGGUGGGGCGAGCCCCCUCCUCCGGUUCCCGCCCCACCGCCGGACGUGGCGCCCGCUCCGGGCGCGCCGCCCGACGAGCCGCCCCUGCCGCCGCCGCCCCCGCCCAUGAAGGGCCGAGCCGAGCGGGAGUUCUUCGUCAAGCUGGCGGGACAGUCCUACUGGCACUGCACAUGGAUCACCGAGCUGCAGUUGGAGAUCUUCCACUCGGUCAUGUACCGAAACUACCAGAGGAAGACGGACAUGGACGAGCCGCCCGGUUUGGACUACGGCUCCGGCGGCGAGGACGAGAGCGCGGCGGGCAAAAGCGAGAAGCGGCGCGCCAAAGACCCGGAAUUCGCCCUCAUGGAAGACAAGUACUACAAGUACGGCAUCAAGCCCGAGUGGAUGAUGAUCCAUCGCAUAAUCAACCACAGUGUGGAUAAAAAGGGGAUGUAUCAUUACCUGGUAAAGUGGAGAGACCUGACCUAUGACCAGUGCACCUGGGAACAAGACCACAUGGACAUCCCCGACUUUGUCAUCUACAAGGCCAACUACUGGAGACACAGGGACGCCAUCACGAAGGAAGACCCCGAUAAACCCCGGAGGAUGAGGAGCAAGAGUCAGGAGGGCGAGGGCGAAGACCAGCCUUCUCCCGCUUCGCCCGUCACCGACCCGACGAUAAAAUACGAGGAGCAGCCCGACUUCGUGACGUCGACGGGAGGCACGCUGCACCUGUACCAGAUGGAGGGUCUCAACUGGCUUCGCUUUUCCUGGGCUCAGGGCACCGACACCAUCCUGGCGGACGAAAUGGGUCUGGGCAAGACCAUCCAGACCAUUGUCUUCCUCUACUCGCUCUUUAAGGAGGGUCACACCAAAGGUCCCUUCCUGGUCAGCGCCCCGCUGUCCACCAUCAUCAACUGGGAGCGGGAGUUUGAGAUGUGGGCGCCCGACUUCUACGUGGUCACCUACACGGGCGACAAGGACAGCCGAGCCAUCAUCCGUGAAAACGAGUUCUCCUUCGAUGACUCGCUCGCGAAGGGUGGCAAGAAGCCCUUCAAGAUGAGGAGAGAGACACCGAUCAAGUUCCACGUGCUGCUGACCUCUUACGAGCUGGUGACCAUCGACCAGACGGCGCUGAAGUCCAUCGACUGGGCCUGCCUGGUGGUGGACGAGGCUCACCGCCUUAAAAAUAAUCAGUCCAAGUUUUUCCGGCGUCUGAACGACUACAAGAUUGACCACAAGCUGCUGCUGACGGGAACGCCGCUACAGAACAACCUGGAGGAGCUUUUCCACCUGCUCAAUUUCCUCACGCCCAACCGCUUCAACAACCUGGACGGCUUUCUGGAGGAGUUUGCCGACAUCUCCAAGGAGGACCAGAUCAAGAAACUGCACGACCUGCUGGGGCCUCACAUGUUGCGGCGCCUCAAGGCUGACGUCUUCAAGAACAUGCCCGCCAAGACCGAGCUCAUCGUGCGGGUGGAACUCAGCCCCAUGCAGAAAAAAUACUACAAGCUGAUUUUAACCAAGAACUUUGAGGCUCUGAACUCCAAAGGCGGGGGAAACCAGGUCUCGCUGCUCAACAUCAUGAUGGACCUGAAGAAGUGUUGCAAUCAUCCCUACCUCUUCCCCGUCGCCUCCAUGGAGGCCCAGAAAACACCCAACGGCGCUUACGAGGGCUCCGCCCUCACAAAGGCGUCCGGGAAACUGACCCUGCUGCAGAAGAUGCUGCGGAAACUCAAGGAGCAGGGACACCGAGUGUUGGUUUUCUCACAGAUGACUAAAAUGCUGGACUUGCUGGAAGACUUCCUGGAUUACGAAGGUUAUAAGUAUGAAAGGAUCGACGGCGGGAUCACCGGAGCGCUUCGGCAAGAAGCCAUCGACCGCUUCAACGCUCCCGGCGCGUGUCAGUUUUGUUUCCUGCUCUCCACCCGGGCCGGAGGUUUGGGCAUCAACUUGGCCACAGCGGACACCGUUGUCAUCUUCGAUUCCGACUGGAACCCUCACAAUGACAUUCAGGCCUUCAGUCGGGCUCACCGCAUCGGGCAGGCCAACAAGGUGAUGAUCUACCGCUUUGUGACGCGAGCCAGCGUGGAGGAGCGCAUCACGCAGGUGGCCAAGAGGAAGAUGAUGCUGACCCACCUGGUGGUCCGGCCCGGCCUGGGCUCCAAAGCCGGCUCCAUGACCAAGCAGGAACUGGACGACAUCCUCAAGUUUGGAACCGAGGAGCUCUUCAAAGAUGAAGGAGAAGGUAUGAAGAAUUCCUCGGGGGAUAAAGCUGAGGACGAGGGCAACGUGAUCCACUACGACAGCACGGCCAUCGAGAGGCUGCUCGACCGAAGCCAGGACGCCACCGACGACUCGGACGUCCAGAACAUGAACGAGUACCUCAGCUCCUUCAAAGUGGCCCAGUACAUGGUCCGAGAGGAGGACAAGAUCGAUGAGAUCGAGCGAGAGAUCAUCAAGCAGGAGGAGAACGUGGAUCCCGACUACUGGGAGAAGCUGUUGCGGCACCACUACGAGCAGCAGCAGGAGGACCUGGCCAGCAAACUGGGCAAAGGCAAGAGGAAUCGCAAGCCGGUCAACUACAAUGACGCUGCGCAGGAAGAUCAAGAGUGGCAUGCCGAUAUUUCCGACAACCAGUCCGAGUACUCCGUGGGCUCCGAGGAGGAGGACGAGGACUUUGACGACCGUCCGGAAGGCCGGAGACAUUCCCGUCGCCAGUUGAGGAACGAGAAGGACAAACCGCUCCCUCCUCUUCUGGCCAGGGUGGGCGGCAACCUCGAGGUUCUUGGCUUCAAUACACGCCAGCGGAAGGCGUUCCUGAAUGCGGUGAUGCGCUGGGGGAUGCCGUCUCAAGACGCCUUCUCCUCUCAGUGGCUGGUCAGAGACCUCAGAGGCAAGACUGAGAAGGAAUUCAAAGCGUACGUGUCGCUCUUCAUGCGUCACUUGUGCGAGCCGGUGGCCGACGGUGCGGAGACGUUCGCCGACGGCGUCCCCAGGGAGGGCCUGUGUCGCCAGCCGGUCCUCACGCGCAUUGGCGUCAUGUCGCUCGUCAAGAAGAAGAUUCAGGAAUUUGAGCACAUCAACGGGCGCUGGAGUCUCCCGGAGCUCAAGCCCGAUGUCAGCUUGGACAAAUCCUCCUCCAGGGCAUCGUCCCCCACUCCCAAGACCGCAACGCCCACGCCGGACGCCAGCUACAACAACACGCCGUGCACCUCCAAGCCAGCGACACCCGCGCCAGCAGACAAGCCCGAAAAGAACAAGAAGGAGGGCGAGAGGGAGGACAAGGAGAAUGGCGAAGCCCAGUCUGAGAAGGAGAAAAAUGACAGCAAAGAGGGAAACAAAGAGCCUGACGCUGCGCAAAGCGUAUCUCCUCCCCGACUGACAACGGAGGGAAAAGACGACGAAGGCAAAGACACUGACGGCAAAGACGGUGAUGGCAACCAACCGCGUGAGGAGGAGGAGGACGAACCAAUCGCCCCCUCACCACAGGAGAGGAAUUUGCCAGACAAAUGCAAAGUAACAACCCAACAGGACGGGCAGGUGCAAGAAGAGAAAGAAGCUCCUCGUCUCUUGGAUGGCGAAAAGGCGGCCGAGGAGCAGCAAAAAGACACGGAGAAGGCGGAAGUAGCAGACUCCAAGGAGGACGCCGAAACCAAGAAAGAGGAAACGAAAGAUGAAAUGGAUCCUGGGAAAGAAUUCCGAGAGGCGAAGGCGGAGUUGCCCAAAGGGAACGGCAAACUGCCUGCUGAGCGGCCUCGCUUCAUGUUUAACAUUGCUGACGGCGGUUUCACUGAACUACACACUCUUUGGCAGAACGAGGAGCGGGCCGCCAUCUCCUCGGGGAAGAUGAGCGAAAUCUGGCACCGCCGCCACGAUUUCUGGCUCCUGGCAGGAAUCGUCAUCCACGGCUACGCUCGGUGGCAGGACAUCCAGAACGAUCUGCCGUUCGCCAUCGUCAACGAGCCCUUUAAGUCGCAGGCCAACAAAGGCAACUUCCUGGAGAUGAAGAACAAGUUCCUGGCUCGGCGCUUCAAGCUGCUGGAGCAGGCUCUGGUCAUCGAGGAGCAGCUGCGGCGCGCCGCCUACCUGAACAUGACGCAGGACCCCAGCCACCCGGCCAUGGCGCUCAACGCGCGCUUCGCCGAGGUGGAAUGCUUGGCUGAGUCGCACCAGCACCUCAGCAAGGAGUCACUGGCGGGCAACAAGCCGGCCAACGCCGUCCUGCACAAAGUGCUCAACCAGCUGGAGGAGCUGCUGAGCGACAUGAAGGCCGACGUGACCCGGCUGCCGGCCACGCUGUCCCGAGUGCCGCCCAUCGCCGCGCGCCUGCAGAUGUCCGAGAGGAGCAUCCUGAGCCGGCUGGCCAGCAAGGGCACGGAGACGCACGCCCCCCCGCCGAUCCCUCCCGGACCCUACGCCACCCCUCAGAACUACGGCGCCCCCUUCACCCCGGCCCCCCCUGGCGCCCUCCUCAUGGGCGGGGCCAACUACAGUCAGAUGCCGCCCGGAUCCUUCAUAUCAGAAGCCGCCGGCGGAGCCAAUUGGGGAGGCGGCGGGGGGCCAGCCGGCGGCGGUGGCGGCGGCGGCGGCGCCGUGUGCCAGAAGACCAAGGAACACGAUGUGGUGCAGCGGCAGCGGGUGGUGGACCUGUGGAAAGACGGCAAGUCGGAGGGGGCCAUCGGCCUGGAGCUGCGGAUGCCCAAGUCGACGGUGCACAGCAUCAUCGUCAAGUAUCGGCUCAGUAACACGGUGGAGAACCUGCCGCGCAACGGUCGCCCCAAAAAACCCUGACGAGCCACCCGGGAUCGUGCCUUGGGGAAUACCCAGGGAGAGAUGUUGCAAGUCGGGGGAGGGGGGGCUCCAGCGCCAGAGACGUCGGAAAGUGGCACCGACGACUCGCGUGCAGGGAGUGGAAAACAAAUGCGGACCUCGGAGAAGACUGGAUGUGAAUGCAAUAGCAGGUUGUGAGGAAUUCAGUGCGAGGAAUACAUUCCUGAUUUCCUGAGGUUUCCCCCCCCCACCCCCCUUACGAGAAAAAAAAAAAAAAAGAGUUCCCCUUGGAUCAAUUCUUCAUCCACCAGCAGACUGAAGGAGCCUUUCUCCUCGCUUUGACCCGAUACUCCCUCAUUCCUCCGCAGUCUUCCACUCCUCCGUCUCGACACUCGCGCACGAACGCACGCGCGCGCACAAACUCGCGUGCAUACUGUGCAGACCCCACACAGAAUCUUGCAAAGGACUUGAUGGAUCUGCAGACUGCAAGCAGAUGAACGGCACUGACCAAAGUCAUCCGGGAACACCAAGCUCCAUGGACACAAAGAGUCGGGGGUUGGAGCCAAGACUUCAUUGUCUCGCUCGAAUUAGAUUUGGCUCUUCAACAGUUGGGGGUGAGGGGGGCGGGGGGGGGGGGGGCAUCGGGAUGGCAUUUGGUUUGGAUCAGGCGUGUGGAUGCUUUUGUUUCGACACUUUAUUAAAAGAAAGCAAAGGUGAGGAA